AGCGUUGCCACCCAGUCGCACAUGGUUCGUUGAUUGCGAUUUCUCCUUGCGCAGAACUUUGCAUUUAUUAAACUAAUAAUCAAUUACAAGAAUGGAGGACGAAGCUUGGCAGGAUCUCGUGGGCAUCAGCGCCGAUCCGCCCAACAGACGCGACAAGUGCGAGCAGUGCAAGCGGCCCGCAGUUGUUUGCUGGUGUCCGGCUUUGCCCCAUCCGCCGGAGGCGGUGGCCUCUCAGAUAGUGAUCCUGCAGCAUCCCGCCGAGGAGAAGAGAUCCCUGCGCACGGCUCUGAUGCUCCAGUUGGGCCUGGAGCCGGGAAAAUGUGUCGUGUUCAAGGGCAAGCGUUUCCCCAACCACAAAAAUCACGCUGAAUUGCAGAGGAUUCUGGGCUCCCCGCAGACGUUGCUCUUGUAUCCCAGCCGGGACUCGGUGCCGCUGGAGGAGGUGGACCGCAGCACCGGACCCUACACUCUUGUGCUCAUCGACGGCACCUGGCCGCAGGCCAAGGCAAUCUACGCCAGCAGUCCCGCUUUGCACCGCCUCCGCCAGGUGAAACUCAUCGCCGUGGGCAUCAGUGACUACAUCAUCCGCACCCAGCCCACGGAGGGCUGCCUCAGCACCCUGGAGACCGCAGCCCAGUGCCUGGCCGUGCUCGAAUCACGGCCGGAGCUGCGGCAAACACUCGUCCGCCCGCUGCACACGCUCUGCAAGUUCCAGCUAGACAACGGGGCCGUUGAGCACCAGUCCAAGGAAUUCCUGCUCAAGAACAACCAGUACCCCAAGCCCAUUGGCAAGCGGCUGAGCCGCCUGCUCAAUGCAACCAGAAGUGCGGCGUACGAUGGCAGCGAGGACACGUGAUAGCGGGCGCAGGAAAAGAACGGAGGAGUUGCAUGUGCCUGUGGUUUAUUCUCAACUAGGUGCAUCGGCCGUAGCUAUAUUUUGACUUGUACCGCUAAGAUUAUAGUUUCCUACUGAAUA